CCAAAACGGUGUGGCGUUAUGUUUUGACUCAGCAGAAAUACCCAUCAACUCAACAUGGACGUUGGAGAACUUUUAUCAUUUCAGCCAGAGAAACCAAGCACAAUAAGCAGAAAACGUCCCGCAGAUGAUUACAGUGAUGACAGUGAUGAGGAAGAGGUGGAAAUUGUCGAGAAAAGGCGCAGAGAUCGACCAGCACCCAGGUCAGGAAUCAGUGAAGAAGAACGGGAAAAGAUUCUGGCUAUGGUCGAGAAUGAAGCCGAUGGCGAGACAUUAGAUGAUACAAAUCUCAAGAAGCUGGUCUUGAAGUUUGAGAAAGCUGUCUACAAAAAUCAGGAAAUGAGAAUCAAGUUUCCAGAUAUGCCAGAAAAGUUUAUGGAGUCUGAGGUAGAACUAAACGAUGUUAUACUGGAGAUGCAUGUCAUAGCAACUGUCCCGGAGUUGUACCACAUUCUCGUAGAGUUGAAUACAGUACAGUCACUUCUUCAGCUUCUAACACAUGAAAAUACAGACAUCUCGAUAGCAGCCGUUGAUUUAAUGCAAGAACUCACAGAUGUGGAUACACUCAAUGAAAGUGAUGAAGGUGCAGCAGCUCUUGUAGGAGCACUUCUGGAUGGUCAGGUGGUGGCAUUGCUGGUACAGAACUUGGAGCGCCUUGAUGAGAAUGUGAAGGAGGAAGCUGAUGGAGUUCACAAUACGCUAGCUGUGAUAGAGAACAUGGCAGAAUUCCGGCCAGAGAUGUGUGGAGAUGCAGCACAGCAGGGUCUUCUGCAGUGGCUGUUGAAACGGAUCAGGGCAAAAAUGCCUUUUGAUGCAAACAAGUUAUACGCAACAGAAAUCGUGGCCAUUUUAUUACAAAAUAGUGAUGACAACAGACAAAUCCUUGGUGAUGUUGAUGGCAUUGAUGUUAUAUUACAACAGUUGGCUUGGUACAAGCGGCAUGAUCCCAGUUCCAAAGAGGAGGUUGAGAUGAUGGAGAACAUCUUCAACUGCCUGUGCUCCUGCCUCAUGUCCCCCAUCAACAGAAACAGGUUCCUCAAGGGGGAGGGGCUCCAGCUCAUGAACCUCAUGCUAAGAGAGAAGAAACUUUCACGCAACUGUGGAAUCAAGGUGUUAAACCAUGCCAUGACUGGGCCAGAGGGUCGAGACAAUUGUCAAAAGUUUGUCGAUAUUCUCGGUCUGCGGACGAUAUUCCCACUGUUCAUGAAGACGCCAAAACAAGGGAGGGCAGGGCCUCCACCUGAGGAGAUGGAAGAGCACAUCUGUUCCAUUAUCAGCUCGAUGUUGAGAAAUUGCCAGUCCACCCAAAGACAACGGUUGUUAAGCAAGUUUAUUGAGAAUGACCAUGAAAAGGUUGAACGGUUGCUGGAGUUACAUUUCAAAUACCUGGACAAAGUACGAUUUGUGGAUGACCAAAUUGAGAGGGAAAAAUCUAGAUUAAAGUACACCAGUAAGGAGGUUGAUGAUGAUAUGGAGGAUGAGUUUUACCUGCGUCGUCUCGAUGCGGGGCUGUUCACACUACAGCUGAUCGACUACAUUCUCCUCGAGACAUCUGUCACAGGCCCUUCCAGUAUUAAAUCUCGAGUGCAGCAAAUUUUGAAUAUGAGAGGCGGCUCUGUAAAGUCAAUUCGUAGCAUCAUGAGAGAAUAUGCUGGAAAUAUCGGCGAUGCUAAGGACCCAGAAUUGCGAGAAGAGGAACAAAAUCAUAUCAUGCAGCUGAUUGAGAAGUUUUGAGGUGUAUGGAUAUUGUUAUUAUCAGAAGUUCAAAGAUGUACCGAUAUCAUUCUGAGGUGCAUCAAUUCCAUCGUUAUCAAAAGUGCUGCUAAACUCAUAGUUUUUGCAUUUUUUAAGGUCUUAUCUGUUCACACCUAUCAAAGCUCAGAAAUGUAUCAAUAUCAUAAGGGCUGAGGUGUUCUAUAAUUAAAAGUUAAUGGAAUUUCUUAGGUGUUAUCUGAAUUUGUUAUUAUCAGAAGGGCUGAGGUGUAUCAUAAAUGUUAUUAUCCAAAGCUUUAAUACACCUCUGAUUUAAAACAGCUUGCGUUGGCGUUCCCUCCGUGGCGCUCUUGUUUUUCUCAUCAUACCUGUUGACACAGUAAAACACGUUAUGUGAUCUAAAGUAAGAAUUUAAACAAAAUAGAAACAGUCUUUAAAAAAAAACUUUUAUAUAUACCGGGCGGUAUUUUGUUUCCGGUGAAUGAAAAAACAAUGACGCUAUGGUUUUUAAGCAGGUGUUUGUGAGAAUAAACGUUUACAUGUAUAAUAAGAAAUGUACAUGUUGACAAAUAUUAAACAUUACACAGUACAUUAUUAUGACAUACUUUCUUUUUCUUAUGUGCUCAGUUUCAUUUCAGAUUGUAAAUGUUAUUGUACAGUAUUUUUUAAAUAAUAAAUGUGCUAUUAUUGUAAACUACCAUGUUGCUUAUGAUUUACUUACAUGUAUACAUGUAUUAAGUCAGUUCACUGUUAUGCCAUAGGGCUUGAAAAAGGCAUCCACCUUAUAUUGAAUAAAAAAACAUGUAAUUGCCGAAAA